CAAAAAUUAAAGUCCAGAAUCGAGUAAAAGAAUACUGUAGGAAUGUGAAAUUGUUGUUCGUUGAGAUAUGUCUUAUUCUCUGUGGUAUUGUGCAAUAUUCAUGCAUCUAGUAAAAGUUACUUCAUGUGGAAAUAUCUUUGUGUCAGCCGUAAAUGGUACCGACAUGGCGUCGUGUGGUACAAACAUCGAUAUGUGUAAGACCAUUAAACAUGCCGUUACUAAGGCUUACAGUGGUGACGUCAUUUAUCUUGACGGAGGUUUAACACGUCGUGUUGAAUAUUUUCCAUCAGAGAUGGUACGCAUAACUAAAUCCCUCACCUUUAUCAAAUCGCCAACAAGUAAACAUAAACCAGUCAUAAUUGGUUCUCAGAAGAUUUACACUGCUGCGUGGUUUGAUGUGUCGCCGAAGACAGUGGUUGACGUUUCGUUUAUAGAUUUUAUGAAUAUAAAUAUUGCUAACGUUCCUCAAAAUGGAUAUUUCAAUUUAAGUUAUUGCACUUUUACCGUUACCGAUCCAACAUUUCCAAAAAAUUACGCAUGCUUACGUUUUUAUUCACAUGGAAAUUAUAAGACUAAUUCACAUGGGGAAGUGCAUAUUACUAAUUUUUUCAUUAGCAGUCCAGGAAUGUUCAUUUCUACCGACUUCAUGCUAAGGAAUAACCUGUCCAUCUCGAUCAUUGACACAACAGUGACAACCAGUGUCAGUGUUUUCUCCUACAUGCGCCAUCACAAUGUGGCAUGCAGCACUUUUCUUUCCUCACUUCUUAUUUAUAACGUAACAUUCUUUACUACAAUACCUUACGCAUUGUAUAUUAAUCCCUGCUUGCAUCAAGUCAAUAUUAGUUAUACCAGAUUUAUUGGCACGAACUAUGCAAUAUCCAUUCAAAAAGCUAAACAUGUUACUAUUGCAAAUUGCGUUUUCAUAAAUACUACUGGUUCUGUACUAAACGCUUAUAAUGUGACCUACAUCUCAAUAGAAAACUCACAGUUUUUAAACAAUACAGCAGCCUACCCAGCUUUGCGUUUAAUCAACUCAAAUGUUAUGUUAAAGAAUACAUCACACAUUGCUACAGCGGGAAGCGUUAUAAUUAUGGAGAAUGGAACUGCAAAUAUUACGUCCUGUACCUUCCUGGGUAAUCAAAGGCCAGAUUAUUAUAUUUUUUCAAUAGAAUCAAGCAAGGCUACUUUAAGACGAGUGCUACUUGUGAACAAUGUUGGAAAAAUUGGUGGUGCUUUAAGGAUCACUAAAAGUGUCGUUAAUAUCGUAUCCUCAAUUAUAUCUUCCAAUGUAGCUGAAAAAGGAGGAGGAAUAUUCUCGGAGUUUAGUAAUGUAACAUUGCGAUACGUCCUUGUAAAAAAUAACAAUGCUUCAAACUCUGGUGGAGCUUUCUUCGUAAAUGGAGGGAUGUUGCAUGUAUGGUCAAGUUACUUUGAAGAAAAUAGAUGCAGAAUGGAAGGUGGCGGUGUAUAUCUUAACAAAUGCGUGGCAUAUUUUUGGAAUUGCUCAAUUAAGCAUAAUUUUGCAGGCAAGGGUGGCGGAAUAUACCUUGUGCAUAGCACUGUUAGUGUUGACUACAGAACAGGUGAUCUCAAUUUCGCAACUGCAAAUGCAUCCAAUGUUAUUAACGCUCAAUUCAACCGAAGUUUUCCUGAAUUGAAAAACUUAAUGACAACUAUCAGUCAAAAUAACGCGCCUGAGGGAUCAGGAAUGUAUUGCUUUCUUUCUACCUUGUUUCUUAGCAACACAAAGUUAGUAAAAAACACUGGAUACACCGGAGCAGGAAUAUUUGCAAUUAAAUCGUUGCUUCAGGUGGUCAAUUCAACGGUAAGUCAUAACACAGCUACCAUGGAAGGAGGUGGUGGGGUAAUAAUCAUGAGUAAAACAAACCUCAAGAAUUGCUCCUUUAAGCAUAAUCAAGCAAAAUUUGGUGGUGCUUUAAGUAUAGCUAUGAAAAGUCGAGUAUGGAUUUGCAAAAGCACGAUUAGUAGCAACAAUGCUACGUUGACCGCUGGGCUCUAUGUCUAUCAAAGCUCGAUUUCUGUUGUAAAAUCUAAUCUCAAAAACAACACGUCUGUUAAAUCGCCAAGCCUAAUCUAUUUUAACUCUAUGGAAGUAACUGGAAAGUUGCAAUUUGAGAUGCAAGACACAACAUUGAUAUUUGCAAGGUUUCCUCUUAUUGGUGGCGUUUGGAUAUCUGCUCCAUUUAAUUAUCGAUUCAGCAUACAUAUACAUAACACCAGAAUCAUCUUGCUGUCCGCAGGUUGUGGAAUAAGAUCAGUUCUAUUAUCAGGUAUACCUUUAUCAACCAAUAUUUCAUUUGUGAUAAAGUGUCCAGUUGGUUACAACUCUGUUCAUGAAGUUGAAGAGGAGUUGGGUGUUCACAACAGAGUAAAUUAUCUCAACACAUUGUCUUGCAAGUCUUGUGCAAAAGGCACAUACUCUUUAGAUAGUGGACACAGGCAUGUUGUGAUGAAAUCAACAAAAAGCUCUAUCUAUGCGCCAUCUCAUACUAUUAAAUGUCACUCAUGUCCGGCUGGUGGUAUUUGUAAUGAAGGAUCUGUAAUUAGUAGAGAUAAUGUUUGGGCAUACAUUCAGUCACACACAAAGAGGAAAGAACAGGUAUCAUUUUUGCCAUGCUCAUUUGGCUAUUGCUGUUCUCAAACUUCGAAUAAAUGUAAAAGUUAUUCUACCUGUAAUUUUCAUCGAGAAGGAAUUUUAUGUGGAUCUUGUAGAAAAGGGUAUUCCGUCAAUUAUUUUACAGAUUUAUGUACUGCCCAGUCAUCAUGUCAUUCACAAGUCCCUUUCUGGAUGAUGUUUAUACUAACAGCGAUCAUGUAUACCUUACUCCUUCUAUUUAUGAAAGAGGUUGGUUUUUUUACGAAAUAUUACAUUAUUAAAUUGGUGGGAAAGUUUAAAAAAUCCCAGGAAGUCGAAAGUUUCCCCUUAACCGAACAGGGUGAAUCCAGUCUUCUUAUGAACGAUGAAUUUAUUGUAAUUGAUGGAUAUCCUGAUCAGAAAGAAGUGGAUCAAAUAAAAUCGGUUAAUAUCCGGUAUAUAACAGAGAACAGUCGAUUUUCUGGAAUAUUUAAAAUUAUGGUUUUGUUUUAUCAAAUCAAAGCAUUAAUAAAUAUAUCUAUCGAUACAAAGAAAAGCAGUGUCAAAGAAAUUGAAGAAUGGUUAUCGUCAGUUCUAAAUUUAAAAAUCCCUUUAUUCAGUAUUACUGCUGCAGUAUGUCCCACACAAUAUCUUAACGCUGUUUCAAAAAUCUUUAUCAAAGAAUUUCUGUUUGUUUUGUUUAUGUUGAUGUUUGUUAUGAUAUGUCAACUAGCAAUGCUGCUGCACGGAAAGAUUACCUUUCGUAAAGGGAGUUUUAACUCAGUCUAUUUCAGAUUCCAAAAAUGCGCCUUGCAAAUUAGUUUAUUGGGAUACACCAUAUGGGCAGGAUUUGCUUUGAAUAUGAUUAACUGUCAAAAAAUAAAUGGCAAAGCUGUUUUGUAUAUCAAUGGAAAUAUCACGUGUUUCACGUGGUGGCAGAAACUGAGUAUUUCCUUUCUUGUCUUGUGGAUCAUCCCCUUUCCAUUUACCUUAUGGUUAGCUGUUCAAAUGCUAAAGAAACAUCGUUUGUCGAUAAAAGAGUUUUUCCUUUGUGUGUUUAUCCCAUUAGCUACGUUGCCUUACUACCUUAAAGUAAGAUGUCUGUCACGGAGAGUUAUUAACAACAUAAGUGAGAUUGACAACCUUACGAAUAUGUUUGAGGAACCAUUUCGUUUAAACGCAAAGAAGAAACCAAUUUUCUGGGAUUCAUGGCGCCUUUUUCAGCGUUUCAUUAUCGCAGUGUUCACAACCUACUUCAUCAAUCCGAUUCAACGCUUGUCAUUGAUACUACCAGUCAUGUUGGUACUGCUUGUUGUUCACUUACGUGUUCAACCGUACAAGAAUAAACUUGUAAAUUGGCUGGAAACAGCAUCCUUAGUGAGUUUGUGCUUUCUUGUUGGUGUGAAUUUGUUUCGUUCAUUUGUGUACUUCUACGGCCUUUCGUUGGAAUAUCACAUCGAUAUGGUAUUGUCAGUGUUUACCGUCAUGGAGAUUUUAUGCAAUCCUCCAGUGUUCUUAAUUGUGCAUCUCGUAAUUCACAAAAUAAAGGACUUUUUUUUGCAAAAGGGGAUACAAAAGCAAGAGUAAGACAUAUUUACUUGCAUCUGGUUUAACAGCAAUAGAAAUUGAAAUAAUUUCUUCAAUGCUUUUAUAAUUAAUUAUAAAAAACGUAUGGUUUUUGAUAAAACUGGUUAAGACACUAAGGAAAGACAAUAAAUUGAUCUUAAUAUCCAUUAUACCAGUUGUACUUGGAUUGUUUUAAAAUAUUUCCUUAUGUAAUAAUACCCUAGCUGCUUAUAUAUGUUCGCAUGUGUGUGUGUGAGAGUGAAAAACUUUUAAAGAAGUUUAUAUUUAUUUGAUUAUUUUCACACAAUCGAAGAAAUUUUUUUUUAAUUUUUUCCAAAAUUUUAGAAGCCUUUUCAUGUUAAAGUAAUUUCCAAAACAUUUCAUAGUUUUCCUGGAGUAGCUAUUCGUUGACAGGGAGAUUAUCUAAAAUUAUUAUCUAUAACUUCUAUUAAUACUUCAAACUCCAAUUCUUACUGUAUUUGUUGUAAUUACCGUUUAUUUAUAGUUUAGACAUACCUAGAGUGCGUUCUUAAUAAACCUAUUUUACAGACCAUAAUAUUUAUAGACUCUAUUUUUUAGAUUAACUAGUUACCAAUCACUGUUAAGUUCUCCUCACAUAAGCCUUUUUGACAUUUUUAUCUUUAAAGAGGCGUGGUCAUUCGUAUUAGAGUAUUAGAAUAAUAUUGGCAAUUAUUUCUUUGGACUUUUUGUUUCCAUGACUUGUUUGAAUCCCAUUAACUAUGGGAUUUUUGACCUUGUAACCUCCCUUUUGGUUUCCAGGUUUUUAUUAAUCAAAUCAUUCGUUUUCAACCAUAAAGUGCAAAAAUAUGUGCUAAUGUUGGCUAUCGUUAUUACUUACACUAUUUUAAAAACAACUUCAAGCAAAUAACUCUUACGAAAACAAUACUGAUUUAAACACAGAUAAGAAAAACGUUAAAUUUAGCGAAAAGGAUAACCCAUUACGUCAUAGAUUAUAACGGGCCAUUGCUGACGUCAGCAAAAUAUCUAAACCCUUAUAUAUCCUUAGUCGUCCGUAGAAAAGAUAUGUUCCUACAGCGUUUCAACCUCUACACGUUACAGGCAAUGAAUGAACUAAAUUUCGCCAAAUUUUUUUGGAUUUGCAAUGCUGACGUCAGCAAAAAGUCUUAACCCUAUUCGGUCCGGGGGGGGCGGAUUCCGCCCCCCCUGACGGUUUUUUUUAAUAACUCCUGAUUGCUUUGUUAUAUGGCUAUGAUACUUACUGAGUUUCAACAUUUAUCUAUUAGACACCUGCAUGCUAAUUUUUUAGGUCCCAUACCUUUCAGAGGCUUUGAUAUUGGCCAUUACUCGAAACUACCCCUAAAAAUCUCUAUGAAAUCCUUAUAAUGGGGAAAAUAUAAUAACUCCUGUUAGGAUUAUCCUUAGAACUUGAAACUUGCAACACAACUUUGUUUCAUCAAGAAGAAUCAUUUUGAAUAAUUUGAACACGUGACUAAUCCGAUUUCCCGAUUUUGUCGGAUUUCACCCGAAAAUCGGAAAAAAACGGAUUUUCGGGCAAUUUUUGGCAAUUUUUCAUCCGAUCCAUGUAAAAACCGGAAGAUAUGUUAAAUAACUUUUAUUUAGCUUUCAGAAACUUCAAACAGAAUGUAAAAAUUCGCUGUAGAACAAAAGUAAUUAUAUUUUAAGCAGAUAGUGGCAUUUUUAACAAUUUUCAAGCUUUUGAUGACGACACAGAAAAUGUGCUGACGCAAGCAAAUUUUUUUUGGCGCCAUUUUG